AUGCAGGGGACCGAUAUGCACCACCUCCUUCUGCACCGUCUGAAUGAGGGGCUUCGAUCUGCCAGCCGGGAGCCAGAUGCGUUACGGCAAAGCGGUUAUCGCAACCCUAAGCCCGAUGAUGCCUCCAGUUUCAAUUUGCCCUUUGGAUAUGAGGGUACUUACUGGGAUUACAUUGCCAAUGUCGGCCAGGACGGCGGCGAUAACUUCAACCAAGCCAUGACGGCCGUUACCAUCAACAACCUCGACGAGAUCCCAAAGCUGUACCUAUUUGCGAGCCUUGAUGAAGAUGGAGGAUUGAUUGUUGACGUCUGCGGCGGUCGGGGCCAAUUCAGUCGAGAGAUUCUGAUUGCUCACCCCAGGGCAGGGCUACGUUGUGUGGUUCAGUACAAACACGCAUUGGCCUCUGAGAACCAUCGCAAGAGUAACAAUGUCUACGACAACGAGCCUUCGGACUUGGUAUUAACAUUGCAAGAGCAUGAAUUUCUUUUUGAAUCCUCAGCCAGUCAAGACAUAGCUGCCGCAGCAUGCCUUUUUCGACACUUCUUCCACGACUGGCCCGACCAGGCAUGUGUUGAAAUCUUGAGGCAGAUCGUCACUGUGAUGGACGAACGCGCGAAGUCAAAUUUUGAUCUGUGA